AUGCUCUUCAACCCCGGUGUGGGCUCUGGCUCGGGUGCAGGCUCAUCAUCACAUACAAGACCACAUUUGCCUACACCACGCAAGACGUAUGACGGUGCUACCAUAUUUGCCACUGCUGCGACGUCGGAUCGGUGUGCUUCGCCACCACCAGCAGUGAGGCACUUCACCGCCCCUCCGGGAACCUUGAUCCACACCCAUUCCUCACCCAAUAUCAAUCAAAAACAUUCGCCACCUACAGACUGGCUAUACGAGGAAUCGUCAAGUCCGAGUCCAACUUCGUAUUCUUCGGGAUGCAACUCGUCUCAUCCACCCGGCACUCCUUCCUCUUCGUUUAACAUUGAAUCCGCGAGUGAAUUCUGUCGGCAACAACAAGGUUAUGUCUCAUUUGGAGACAUUCAGGGUCUCGGACGCCCAGCCGGUGAAGAGGAGGAGGAGCGACUAGAACGGGAGCGUAUAGAGUUGGAAAUGAGGCGCAAAAAAAGGCUG